GGGGGCUUUGCGUGAAGGGCGUGGUGAUGUGUGUCUGCGUGCGGUCUGCGGUCCACCGCCAAAUUCAAACAGUGGAAGAAAGAAACAACAGCAAGAGGCAGCUGAAGUAACUAGUCAAUUCUCACAACUGGUACUUUAAGGUAAGCUCAGUCAGCAUGGCGUCUUCAAUGAUGGAUGGCGUAGGUAAAGCUGUGGUGGGAGUGUGGCGGGCACAUACAGUCCUGGAUGAGUCGGACGGUGCAGAGAGCUCCCCAGAAGCCCCCGAUCGUUUCCGCAAGCUUCGCUCUUCAUCUUCACUUAACUCUCUGCGAAUGUCUUUGCGCAAGCGGCUCCCGCUACGUUCGGUCCAGACCAACUCUCUCCCAGAAAAUCCAACAUGGGAGACCCAGAAGGAGCAGCCAAAGCCCAACGCGGUCCGCAAACUUACCCGCAAUGCUCGGAACUCCAUUACUGGGGUAUAUCAGAGGCUGCAGAGGACCAGAGAGUUUGCGCGUGAAGAGUGUUUGGUAGCAACCCCGGGUCAGACAUGUGAUGGGGAAGAAUCUGGAGCAUCAACUUCUCGCACCCCAAGACGUACGCCUAGCCGGGCUGCGACUCCCAGACGCACCCCCAGAUCAGCAGUUACUCCUGGACGUACCCCAGGCUCCAGGAGAAGGACUCCUGACGCUGGCGUCCGAGGGGUGAAAACAGGAGGAGGCAGGCGGCAGCUUGUCCGCAUGGCUGCAUUACGAAGUCCCUUUGCCUCCCCCAACACACAGAACCAGAGGCUAAAGUUUGACCGAGAUUUGGAGUCGGUGUCCAGUGGAAUCAGGAGGCUCAAACAUCUGUCCAAGGCCUUUGACGAUAUUAUUGGCAGAGACAACAGGCAGUUCAACUAUUCCCUAAUUGUGGAGUAGGGAAGAAGGACAAGAACGAGGGAACGUUCUGGAGGAGCAGUGAUGAGAAAGUUGGACCCCAGCGGUAAACUGAGCCACUCAAACAUCACGCGUCGAGCCACAAAUCUCUCCAACACACUGGGAAGUUGGGCCCACACAGCUGUGAACACUGUUCGCAAACCCAACUGAACUAGCUAUGUGCUGUCUGUAUGGAAAACACGGGACCUUUUGUAGCCAUGUUUAACAUGUAUCACUGUUACAUUUACAUGUAGUGUUGUCAUGAUACUGGGAGACUGUUACAUGGCACCUUGCCUUCUUUUUUUAUUCCUGUAUGUUUUGUGUAGUUGGUAACAUUUAAGUAAUUUUUGUGUGUUUACAUCUCGGUUUAGCUGGUUAUUGGUAAUACAUCCUCGUUGUAGCUACCAAAGGGAUUUCUGUGUUGUGGUGUAUGUACUUGUCAUGCUGCUACAACCAAAUGUCUUAGUUACAUUAUCAAGAUACUAAUAUUUUAGUUUGUAUAAUCACUUUCAGCAUAGAAACCUUUUUCAUGUUUCUAAUAUUUACUUUAAAAGAAAUGCUGCACAAGACCAAAAUUGUAUCUGCGCAACUAACACUAAAGUUACUGCCAAAGGGGAGAUGCAUUUUUCCUCUACUUUAUAUGUAUGCAAUAAUGUAAC